GUGGACUUAACAACAAACUAGCUUUUGAGCACAGGCUAUAUCUUAGACUGCCAAGCCAUGAGCGGCUUUGAAUGUAAUAAGUAAUGCCUUGAAUUCAAUGCUAAAUCUAACUGGUAAGGGACGGUCCAUUUAACUUUUGAGGGGAGGGGGGGGGUCGAUGAUUUUGAAAAAAAAAUCCUGCAAGCCAUCUUAACCAAAAAUAAAAGUCGUGCACAACAUAUGGACCUGAAAAAAAAAUCUUGCACCACCCUAAGCCCCCCAAAAAUGUUGUACUUCUACAAUUCAUCGAGUCUAAACUUUGAGAACAUACUUAUACCAAAAGCCUGAAUAGUGUGAUAUUGCAGGCUACGUGACCAACUAUAUGCAUUAGACUUUUAAAUCCCAAGCAGGAAUAUAGGUAAAAUAUGAACAGAAAGGGACAAAAAUAAUUAAUUUUGUCUCAUUUUUAUUUCCAACAAGAAACUAAACUUAAAUCUAACUACAGUAAAUGUUUGUCUAUUAUAUAGUAAUCUAAUAUAUGUCAUAAUCCUAUGAAAGCAAUACCAUGUAUCAAUUAUAUUUUCUGUUGGUACCUCAACUCGUUUGUAUUUUAAAAUUAGUGCUAAAAUAUUCAACUUUAAUAGAGUAAUGGAAGAGAGGCUCAAACUGGGGAGUGCUAAAAAACGAAUUAAGAUGAGGAUUAAAAAUUAUUUACUUUGUACUUUUUAAAAUAUGGCGAAAAAAAUCCUGCAAAGAUACAUACAAAAAAAAUCCCUGCACACCACCAAGAGAGAAAAGAAAUAUCCUACCCAAAAGCCACGAAGAAGAAAAAAAAUCUUGUUCACAAGAAAUCAUCCCCCCACCCCGCGUCUAGUUACCGUUAAUUAGAUAUCACUUUAUGCAAUACAGGGGAAUCCCCUGCACAUGUUGACAAUAAUAUUAUUUAUGAGUUGACAAUAAUAUUAUUUAUGAAUAAGAACGCCAUGAGUGAUCGAGGCACACAUGAUGAAAAGGGACUAUGUAUUAUAAGUUUCUGUUUGAUAUAUUUUAGGAUACACAUCUUAUUUAGACCCUAACCCAAUGCAGCCUAAAGUUUAGUGCGCCAGCACACGGAUGACUUCAUUUUCCCUUUCGGCUCCUAACAACACGUCACGAGAUAUUUACGAUACAUAAAAACUCGUUUUCCCCAACAAUUCAGAACAUUUCGUAAUAAAAAUUUUAACCAGCAGCUAUUUAUGUAACAUGAUAGACUAAUAUGCGACACUAAUUUUACGAUAUAUUUUGAUGUCUUUGAUUGAACAGUGGCUGUGGCCUGUGCUAUCGGAGCGUCACAUGAUAACAAUCGAAACUCGUGUGACAGCCGCGAUGACUUGACUGACUGAUCCGUAUUACACCGGAAUUUCGUAGAAAGCCUGGUAGAAAGUCAUCACAUAUAAGUCGUUCACAAAGAUGAAUCUACUUUUGUGAAAACUUUAAGAGCAAUUAAUGUCGUCUUAAAAAGAUCGACGCAUUUAACACAAGACCCUGCAGAAAAAGUCCAGAAGAAUUACAAUUUUGUAGAAAGAAUGGGUUGCUCAAUGAGUAGGUGCUGUGAAGAUGAUGACUAUGGGUAUGUUACAAAUACGAGCAAUCGUCCAAUCGCACAAAUGUGCGCACCAGGCAACUUAAAGUUUGCCGAUUAUGGCGACAAAAUUGUCUUGUAUGUCAACUUUGGGGAAUUAUGCUCGCCGUGCAGACUUGCCGAUGAUGAUAUAAAUCAUACAGGAGCGUUAGAGAGAGCAAGACAAGCUGUAUCAGAUGAAAAUACGURUCGCGGCCAGCGUAGAUAUCAAUUGGAGGUGUUAAUAGCAAAUCAAGUUUGUGAGUUGGUUAAACUACACCCUGCUGUACAAGAUAGUAAUACUUACAAGGCUGCUUUAACAAUUCCUCUUAAUUGCAACAGUCUGGAUGAUGGGGAACCUGUUCCAGUGAGAUUGCCGUAUACAUGUAUCACCUAUGAUUUUUCUGAUGGACAGCAAUACAGAGAAAUGACAGAGAAUGAAAUCAGUCAGGGAUAUUUGGUUUACUUUCGUAAGUUUGUACACAAAUUAUUUUACUGCAGCAGUCACUGCAAUAUUAUCAUAAUAGAAUGAUUAUAUUACUGGGACACAAUUUAUUUCCUUUUUAACUUGAAGAUUGCUAAGCAAUCGAAGAGUUUUUAGACGGGGACGAACUGUCACUCACCAAGUCACUCAUUCAGUCUCUUUCCUGUAAACUUGAGCUUGCGUUACUUAUGUUCAGAAUUAUUAAUUUAUCCUAAUUGUUUUAUAGUAAUUUAUUCACUAAUUUUCUGCUCCCUGUUUCCCUGUGCUAAUAUUUCAUUGAAUUUAUUUAUUUUCUGGAAAUAUGGACUCAUAUGGGUCUAGAACCUGGGCCCGUUGGGUUAGAAAUCAAAGGCACUACUACUCGGCCAUGUGUGCUAAUGUUAAACAAUAGCGACUAGACUUGUCUUUUAACUGACAGGCACUUGACCCUGCUUGUCUAGAAUUGAAGUU